CGUAUCUACGUCAAAAGUUGCACUUCUUGUCUCUGCCAUGUGUACUACAUGUCUUGCCCAUCUCAUCACCCUUGAUGUGACAUCUAUAAAGCUCCAUAUUACGCAAAUUUCACCAUUCCUUUGUCAGUAACUCUCGCGCAGGACCAAAUUCUCUUCUCAGUACCGUGUUCCCUCUCAGUCACUCUCAGUUGAUGUGCACACGCGUCAGUAUGAAGAAAAACCUGUAACAACCGUUGGACAGUUUUUCAGGAAAUGGAGUCAAAUCAAAGUCGCAGCUGUUUUCAAGUCGGCAGCAGGGGCAUGCGCACUGAAGCAUCGGUCCCUCUGAAAGAGCUGAGAGGGAAAAACCUGUUAUGUGACGAAUCGGAAAUGGUGACGAAGAAAGACAAGGAACUCGUGACACCAAGUAUCCCACAAGACAUUCUGUUUGCUAUUGGUGGGUUUCGUGACGGAAAUCCGUCAGAUGUGAUCGAAGCGUACGACGCACAGACAGACCGAUGGAGUGUGGUGGAAGGGGUCGACUCGAUCGGUCCGCGAAUGGACCAUGGCACGGCAGUGGUCGGUUUCGACAUUUACGUCAUCGGUGGUUACCGCGGCAUAGAAUACUUAUGCUCAUGCUGCUGCUUCAACGCUGUUACGAAGACAUGCCGCGAGGUGGCGCCUAUGAAUUGUACCACUUACAUACAGGAGGACUUUUGCGACAAUGUUGGUCUUAAGAAUACGACUUGCUUGUUAAUUCAUUUGAAUUAUGAUUUAACAAUGACGAGCGAACAAUUGCGUUCUGCGAGAGGAAAUGCAUCAUAA